GCCCCCACCGUCUAGGUCAAACUGUCACAGGCCGUCGCCCUGGCGCAGUGGUAUUAUGUAUUGGCUUCAGGGCUACAGGAGUUUUAUUUUUGGAUAGGUUACGGACACUGUUGCCCUCUGCCAUAGGCAGGCUGGGGCUCAGUUGUGGAUGAGGCAGUCCUUGUCACACUCCAUGCUGGGAUUAGCAGGCUGCGAGCAUACUCCCCAAGCCAUCACACAAAAGUUGACCCAAUGGAAGUGACACGGAUAUCCCACGCAGGGCCUUUAAAGGGGUUGGACAUGCUGAUGGAAGCGAGCUACAACAAUGGGCUGGACCCGGACCUCUCCCAACCAUAUCCUCCUCCAGUACUACCUAAGCCGGGCAAAGACAACGCAAGACUCCAGAAACUAAAGAAGAAGAGAUCCAAGAAAAAAGGUGGCCCCUCCCAGACUCCUAUCCCCUUCCGCACCUGUUUGUCUCCUGUCAAUGAAGCAAGCACGGACCUCGAACACAGCGACCAUCCCUCCCCGUCUAGGUCCCCAAAUUCAACUUACCUUGGGGAUUCCUCAGUCUCCAAUUUCUCAACGGCUCCUUUCUAUAAUAACUGCAAAUCCCCCUUCCCUCCUGCUCGCAGCAGCCCCUUUCGCCCAACAUGCAGUUCUCCGCUACAGCACUACAAACCUCCUGUCCGUUCAUAUGAGGAACAGGUGGCUCCACUGUAUGAGUGCUCAUCUUUUUUAUUUGAGGAUGACACCCCUUUGACCAUGCCAUCGCUGUCCCCAUCCCCACCACUGGAGGGGGUCGCAGCACCACCUUCUGUCUCUCCCUUUGUCUUAACAAAGUCCAAAGGCUCUUUGGGUUCAUUCUCUGCAAUACUUAAAGAACCAACCCCCAUGCCCAAUUGUAGCCCAAAAAUUUCCACCCACACCCUGACCCUAUCGUCCACUGGCCCCACGACUGGUCAAGAGCAGACUUCAUCUCGAGUUCUGGAUUUAUCGCUUGUUCCGGCACUGCUAUCAGUUUCAGUCCCUCAGACACAGCCUUUAAGUGGCAGCAAACACAAAACAAACUCACAAUCAAAGGCCAAAGCCUCUUUGACCGCCAAGCCUGCUUGUAAUUCCGUUUGUCCUAACAGCCAAAUACCCCCUGAGGUGACCGACUCAAAUAUAACACUUGUUGAAACGGUCAAAGAGAAGAAAUUAAAUUCCCAGCAGACAAAGAUUUACACAUCCAAGGCAACCUUUUAUGAGAUCUCUAAGCCCCCUUCGCUGCAGGAUCUCACAGUAUGUGCUGCAUCGUCCCAAGGUGCAUCAUUAUCUACUGGAGUCAGCGAGAAAACAAUAGUGACUGCUGUAAAGAAUGUACAAAAAGUACCAGUUGCCUUUACCCCAUUGAGAAGACCCAAAACACCCUCUUCUACACCCAGUAGGGGAUCCACUCCUGUUAUUGAAAUAUCAAAAGCGAAUCCACUCUUAUUUGCUACUAGUCCGGCAUCUGCCUCUAGCCGUGAUUUGCAACAUUCGGCUUGCAAUUUGGAGGUUUGUCCAAAAACCAAUUCAAGGAAAAUUAAGACUCGAGGUAAGAUCCCAACAGCACCAAAAGAAGCAAAUAAGGGUGGAUUAAAUAGCAAUACGUUAAACAAGCAGUUUUUGGAGCCUACAAGAGAUUUGAUGGGGAAUGAUAUGCCAAACAGGUGUAAGACACAUUCAGAAGGACCCAUAGACAGUUUAACACCAUGUCUUCCAACAGAUAGCAUGACCGUGGUUGUACAUCAUCAUUCAACGUUGAAAUCAGAUCAAAGUUCACCGGAUGGUGCUCUACUUUUGCCAAAUAUUCCAGAAUUUAUUUCAGGUGUACCAAACACUGCUUCAAAUCCUAACCCCAUAACUGUAAAUACAACACAAGUUCCCCAAAAUACAAACUUCCCUUCACCAAGCUCUAACCCACAUGGUCUGCCAGCUUUGGAGGCACGUAAAUCAUUGUCAUCAUUAUUGGGAUCUCAACUGACGCAAGCAUCGAAGCAAAAAUCAAGAUCAACCUAUUAUGGUCUUACUCCAGCUGAAUAUGUUGCCUAUGGUGGUAUUAGGACUUACAGUGCAUAUCACAGACCGGUAAGCCCCAACAGGCUGAGCUCAAAUGAAGCACAGCCUAAGGAAGACUUGCACGCUUUAUCCGUCAGUAGCUCUGAACGAACUGCAACAAGGGCGCCUGAUGGACACCAACCUAUUGCUUCGUCUGGGGAGCCCUCUGCUGCACUUGUUUUGCAUCAACCAUCGGUCUCAAGGGAAUCAAACAUGGGCAAAGAGCAGACACCAAAUAAAGACAUUAAGCAAGACAGCCAAUUUGAAGGUCAAAUAAAUGGAUUACAAACGAGUAAAACAUCUGCUGAAGAGAACACAAAACCAGAGCUACCGUUUGGCUUGACACAGAAAACUAUGCAACCGUGCACAAGUGACGUAACAUCACCAAAAUCCUCUUACUCCGAGGCUUCAAUAACCAUGCCUAAAGCAGGUGAGGUGCACCCACAAACCUUGGCAUCCCCUAGUACAACCCCUUCAUGUCUGAAUAACACUAGCAGUUUGUCCAUUAUGUCCUCUCUCUCAGAAAUUAAGGAAUGCAUGAAUACUAAAAUUCUGAAUGGUGAAUCCCCUUAUCUUAAUCCAAGUAUUGAUAAUACCUUUAAGAAAUCAAACAAUGAAGCAAGCAAACCAGAUCAUGUAGAUAUAUCUGGUUCAACAAAACAUCCAAAUACUCCCCCACAUGAUUCAGUGAAAUCCACCAUGAUGCUGGCUAAGGACCCAUGCCAUCCUAUAACAUCGUUGUCAGGAAUAAGGAAAUAUACUCAGCAUGAUCCAAAAUUUGCAACAAGUAAAGCAACAGUCCACCCCUUAGUCUCAAAUAAAGGCAGAGAAUCGAUGCAGGAAAUCAGUGGCAGUAAGAUACCAAAUAGUGUACCCCAGAACACAAUCAAACAAAAUGAUUUACCUUGCAAGAGUACAAAUGGAGCAUAUUUCCCUGACAAAGUGGGCAAUUAUGCUCCAAACUCAGAUAUUGCAAGCAGUUCAGUGUCAGUUUUUCCCUUAAAAACUAAAAUGUUUACCAACCAAAAUCUGGAAACACCCCAAUCAAUCAAGGUAACACUUCCUCCAAAUAAUAUAAUUCCCUCAAUGGUAAACAACGUACUGAAACAGAAUAUUUCUGGAGCAGUAAUUCCACCUUCAUUACCUCAGUUGCAACCUUUUACAAUUGAUUCCGUGACUGCUUUGACUGUUUCAAAAAACCAACUCCCCUCCCUCCAUGAAAUGAAAUCAGAAAAAAAAUCGGAUUCUAAAAUGCCUUUAGCAAUUAUCUUAAAUAAACCUAAUAUGUCUAUCCAAAAGGGAACCAGCCAAAGCAAAACAAAUAAUAAAGUAAUACCAAGCAUAACAUCACAUUUUCAGGACAAAAUAGUUCAAGAGGUCACUGCGGAAAUAUCUAUUGCCAAGAGUAACAAAAAAGAGUCGAUGGUUGCUGAUGUUUCUAUGGCUCAAAAGAUACAUAACCAUGUUCCUCAUAAAGAACAAUUAAUGCCAAUACAAGACAUAAUAGAGUACCAUUUUCCCAGUAACAUUGCCAGGGAAACUGAACUGCAUCAAAGCUUCAACAUGGGAGCUAAAGAGCUCUCAGCAGGAAAAAUGCCAACAGAAAUUACUCAAAAAGAUACCAUACCUAAAACUGGUUCUGAACAAUGUAUUAUUGAGUCUAAACAGACAUUUCAAGAAAAUGUGCAAUUGAAAAUGUCUAAUAGUGCAGUGAAACUAUCUAAAGCGAUCAGUGAGGCUUCUCAUCAUGGUUACUCCACUGCAGAGUCAGCAAGUGUUAAGUCAAACGUGUUCAACGUUGGCUGUAUUAUACCUGUGAUUGAAAAUAAAUUCCCUAAUGAACCUUUUCUGGAAAAAGUAUUUGAUGCAGCAGGCAGGUCAGACAAAGCUUCCAUUGAAACAUCUUCUUUGCCGGGGAAGCCCUUUGUACCAUUUGGCCCCAUCUUGAGUCGUGUCACAUCAAAAAGCCCUAUGUUAACAAUGGCCUCAGAUGGUCAAGAAGCACUGAAACUGGUUGCUGACACAAAACACCCUGGGGGCUAUUAUAAUAAUCCAAAAAUAACUGAACCCAGAAAACCUCUUGUUUACCCUAUGACACAUGUGUUAGAAGGUAAACAAACACCCACUGUUCUUCUGCAAAACAGAACUUUUACACCUGAGCCCAUAUUGACCAAUCAAUCAACUGUGAAUGCACGGUUAUUUUCACUUCCUGCUAGCAAUGGUCAACCUUUAAUGACCCCUCCCAAAGUAAAGCUUAUAAAUACCCGAAUUAAUUCACCUGCCCCAGGGUACAUCAGAACCCCCUCACCAAGAAUAAACACACGAAGCCCAGCCAUUAUAGGAUCCCACCAAAUCAUUGAUCAUUUUAAUCCAGCAAAAACUGAGUUAAGGUACUCAGAUAUUGAAGCUGAACACUUAUUGAAGAAAAAUAGUGAAAAAAACAAGUACUUCGAGGUAAACACACAGAUUGUACGCUCACAGCCUCAUUCACCUCAAAGCCAUCGCCAUGGAUACAUUUCCCCGAACCCUCCCCAGCAUGCCAAUUCCAUCAGAAAUGUUAACGACCCUCUAAGCCCUUCGAAAGAAACCAAGGACAUAGCCAAAACUGUGACCCCACACUUCAUAGAUCCUAUACCGAGUAUAUACCCUCAAACCUAUGUCCCCAAAAUUGGUCAUGCCUCAGAUGAUCUACAUACCUUAAACUACACUACACAAAGUGCAUCCUGUUUAGAUGUCAGGAAAAAGUCAUCCCCCCUAACUGAUGCAAUUACCAGUAACAUUCAGGGUUCCUUAAAGUCGACAAAACAAAGUGAUUAUUCUCCAAAUGUAGGAAAAGGAAGGGCAGUACCAACAGCAAGUUCAAUGCUAGUUAAUAAGAGUAUUCUGGUUGAAGUACUUUCCCAGACAGAACAGAUAUUAACUAACUUGGCUUCAAGCUCAGCAAUGGAGGGAAAACCCUUAGAUAAUAUCUCCAUCUCACCAACCUUCUGCCUCUCCGACAAAUUCGAAAAUAAGCCACCCAGAACCUUGCUAGAAACUAAAAAGACAUCCUCUAACAAAACCGACCCACCUCCCAUAAAUAUAAGUCAAAUACAGCCCCCUACUGACUCAAUAUCGAAAACAAUCCCAGCAGCAGAUAAUGACAUAGAACCACCCAUAGUGAAAGGUGCUGUGAUUGAUUCUGCCACUCCUGCCUCUUUGCCUCAGGACUCAGUCUCAGUCAAAGUUCCUGCACCAAACAGAGGAAUGUCAGUGCCAUCUCAGCCAAAGGUUGGACUCAAAGAGGAGAAAGUACUAGAGAGCAGAGCUGCGACGACACCAUCGGAAGAGAGGCCCUCUACGAAGUCCCCGACAUCAACUGCAUCUUCAACUGAUGACAAACCAACCGCCGUGUCAGAAAUGGCUCCCCCUGCUGAAAUACCCAAGGCGCUAGUAAAACCUAAAGGCCUUAAGGCCAAGCUGAGUGGGUGGUCACGCCUAAAAAAACACAUGGUCGAAGAACCCGAGGAGCCCCUGUUUCCAGAGCCCCUGGGGGAAUGUCAGGCAGCGGUCAGUGCUGGUGAAAUGGAAACGAAUCCAGUCAGCAGAGAAGAGGUUUUGGUAGACAGGUCCUCUGGUCUGGAGGUGCUCAAGGAAACAGAGGCCCCCAAGGCGCUGAAAAUGUGGGAUGCGCUGCUCUUUCAUAUGUUCUCUACCAAAGAGAAAAUCAUGGAGCAGAUCAAACCCAAGAACGACAAGUCGGACACAAAUGAAAAGGCCAAAGAGAACCAGGUUGAGGUUCCAUCAUUUGUGAAUCGGCUUCCUAUUCUUCUGUACAGUCCCCGCUUUAACGCCAGAAAGCUCAAAGAGGCUGCAGCAAAGCCCCUCACUAAAAUUGCCACAGUGUUCGAGAGAGGACUACUAAACCGCAAAAACCAGGAUGAUGAACGCAAAGACUUUAAUAGAAAAGCAAGAGGAUUUGGUGAUUCAAAAAAGGAAGAUUGAAAAUGUAUUGACAUUCAAGGCUCCGACUUGGUGUAAGGAGAAUUAGAAAUAAAUAAAGUCAUCGGUACAAGUUAGCAUUAAAAGUCAUGUUCUGAUAUCUGUUACGUAAUAUUGCAGGCAAAGGGAAAUGACAUUGUUACAUUUUUUGUUAUUUUAGAUUUUUUUUUUAUUAUUUUAGAUUUUAAAAAAUAUCCUAUCGAAAAACUAUUCUAUGUGUCUAACAUGAAUACUUGACUAUCACUAAUCCAAAACAAAUUAUUAAUGAAUGAGUGGUUGUUUAACAUAAUUUAAAUUAGUAAAUUAACAUGCUCUUAACAGGCGAACACCUGAGUCAAAGCCAAAUUCGAUAAAAUAUUUAAUUAUUGUUUAAUUGAAAUAGUAAGCCAAUCGACAGAAUUGACUCCAUAUUUGGAUGAAAUAUAUAUUAGCAGAUUAUUCAUCUUGAAUUAAUUGUGUAGAGUUUUAUGAAUGAAAGCCACGUUAUAUGUCUGUUGCGUGACUACACGUAGAUCUUAGAUAUUGACAUAUGAUAAAGUUCUUGUCUGGUUUUGAGAGAGGCAAUUUCCUUUCGUUAAUUUUUUUUCUAUAUAUAUGCAGUGUAGUGCUUGCCUAUGGUCUAAUCUGUUUCCUAUUGCAUUGUCACAUGGCUUUUACAUUCCUGGUACACAGGGCAAAUUGACGCUGAAUGCAUGAUGAUAUUUGACGGCUACCAUUUGAGGGAGAACAUCUUGUAGAAAAAAAACACAGAUUCAUGCAUGGUCAGUAAUGAGUAGAAUGACAUGGCUUCAGGGAGUUGAGGUGUGUAUUGUCUAGAAGUGAAGGUAGAGUUUGAGAUGAGUCUGGAGCUAGAAAGGCUGUUGAAACAGUUAGCGUAGUAAGGUUAAAUCCAGAGUAAAAGUUACUGAGAUUCAAAGCAUGUGGAAAGUAUAUGGAAGUAAGAGAGAAAUAAGUCACAAAAUAAUAUUUGUAUUGAAUUGCUUUAAAGGGAUUCCCUUUCCUAAAAUUCCUGACUUGAUGUAGUAACCCCAUCAUAAUCUAAUAGCUGGUAAAUUAAUCUGCUACUAAUCAGUAUAGCUACUGCAGUGGUACUUAAGAUAAACUCUUUGUAUUUUUUGGUUACAGUGUGUUUGAAAUAGCAUAAAAUCAAACAUGAAAACAUGUGUUUGUUUGUUCUUCUUUGUUCUUUGAACCUUAGAUACUCGUGCCCCGAUACAUUUAAGUAGCAGUAACAUAAUUUAUGUUAUGAGAAACACAACGUCCUACAACAACAACUCUGAAUUGUCUAUUAUGUAUGUCAUAUUUAAAAGAAGCUGUUGUGAAAAAAAUACAUUGUUAUGAUCUUCCAAAAGGUUUUUACCUGGCUUAUAUUUGUCAUGUUCACUGCAGUCGGACUCGUUAUCAUCUACAGCCACCUUCUCGUAUUUGCCAUGACCUGACACCACAAAUUUGUAUCUUUUGCCAGGGGAGCUCCCCUGAAAAACACAAUUUUAAACGCAUUGAUUCAUCAUCAUUACAUUGUGCAUCACCACCAAACAAUUGGAUUGCAUAGGUAAAUAAAAUGAACUAUUUUAACAAUAAGUAGCAAAAUAAUAUACUUGUAAUCACAACUUCUCCAAUAAAGCUAUAGUUCACACACAUAUAUAGGUUUAGGUAUAAAGUAAUAAUCUGUGUGUGUAAUAAGAGUGUGUGUCCCGUGUUUCGGAGCAUACCUUGCCUCCUCUCCCAGGAGAUGAUGAAUCACCAAGGUUCUCCCACAAGUUCUUCUUGCAUAAAACAUCCCCCGGUUUAAUCUCCUGCGAGUAGAGGAAAUUAUGUCAUGGUUGAAGCAUCCUGGGUUAUGGUUAGGAUGAGAUCAUUGUUUUUACAUAUUUGCUCUGUGUGACUCCUCCGCAACACAGCACACAUCGGCGGAUCAAGCUCAAGCCGGACGUGACACACACCGUCAUUAGAUAAGAAGUGUUAUGUUUUGUUUUGUUUGGCAUGUUGUAGACACAGGGACUGGCAAUACAAAUUUCAGCUGAGUUAUUGUAAAGUUAAGGAAGAAAUGUAUAAUUUAAGUGAGGAGGAAAAGAGAAUUAGACAGCAAGGAAUGUUAAAGGUCCCAUAUAAUACUACCAGGUGUGAGUGUGAAUCGCCAUUACAAGCCAUUUUGAAAAUAUGCCUCUAGUGACAUCACAAGUGGGCGUGUCCACCUUAAUGUGUGCUGGAUAGAUCAGGUUAAAUAUGGGACCUGGGUAAGUUCAGGAUUCUUGCUUUUUCGCCUUUUUUGAUCCUUCCCGGGGAGAAUAAAGGUUGGUCAAUGGGUUCAGGGAUCUCCCCGUUCGUACCCGGUACCAGCUAGCAUGAGCUCUCUGAUGUACAUUCACAGGUUCCAGAGCUCUACGCCCAACAACUCAGCUUAAUAAACAAUCAGGAUAAUGCAACACUAUUUCAAGGUUCCAAAAAAAGAGAAUUCAUCUUAUUUAACAAGCAGUUAAUUCAGUACUAUUUUGUUCCAAAUAACCUCUUCUUCUUCUGGACAUUGUGCAACAAUACAGGUAGACCGACAAUAGCAACACAAUUUAUUAGAAGCACCUAAGAAAAGCUUGCAGGAAAGCACGUUUUUUAUUUGAACAAUCGUGGAUGAUUAUUCAUUCUUGGACACUGAUCCAGUGCCCUAUUUGUUCCAGCCUGAAUUUGAAGAGAAUGAACUCAUCCAGGAUGUGCAAAGAGGGAUGAUGAAAUGGCUUACAAUUUGGUUUGGGUAGAUGCGACUCCGGUAAUAGAUCUGUAAGUGUAACUCCGUUGAAGCAUGUCUAAGUAUGGCAACGGAUGGGGAGUGUCUAUGCUGCAAAAUUAAUCUACAUAAUUUUGGAGGCUUGACAUCUCUGGUGAAUGAGCUCUGGUUGUGGCUUGAAUCAUUGAUAAUCCAAGCUGUUGUGGAGACACGUUCUCAUGUCCCAAAAAUGAUCUCAGGUUUGUAUAAAUUCUGUGUUGUUACUCUCAGUGCUACCUGUAUCACUGCGCACAACCCAGCAGAAGAAGAAACAAGUAUUCAGACCAGAAUUGUGCUGAAGUAACUAGUGGUAAAAUAUGAAAUUAUUUCUUGUUUGUACAUAGUGUAUUCCAGAUAUUCACAAGUAAAUAAAUUAAUAAAUAAAUUAAAUAAAUUAUUUUGAGAGUGCAUUAUGUUGCGUUGUGGAGCUCAUGCUCCAGCACCUGGGAAAAAACAUCAAGGCUUACCAGUACCAGGUAAAUACGGGGGGAUCACUGAACGGCACUUGUCCAACCCCAGAAAGGAUUACAGAAGACCAAAUCCUGAACUAAACCCGUUAAGGCCACAACAUUAACAGCUGAAAAAAAAUUAAAAUAAUGUUGUUGUUGAUGUUGGUGUAUCAUAUGCGGAAAAAAAAUAUGGAAAUUAAAAAAUAUGAAUCAAGAGGAUGAAAAUAGCCUCUUACUGCUGGUUUGGUUGGGGAACUGCUUCUGGUGCCAUCUGGGCUUGCCUUCACCCAUUGGUUGAUGAGGUCAGCCACGCCCACUUUAAGUCCUUCGGCAUCCUGAGACAGAGAUCAACAAUUUAUUAGUAAUGAAGUGAAUUGUGAGUUCAUGUGAGUGAUUAGCUAAAGCACCGAUUGGCAUGAAAUAUACAUUUCAUCAGUAGAAAAAAAUAAUCAAGUGUUGUGUAACCAAAACACAUGAAUUAAUUAAAGGUAAUGAUGUUUACUUAAUGGUGAUGGUUUAUAGAGGUGCUCUUUUUGUUAACCUUGGACAGUGUGACCUUAACCGAGUUCUGGGUCCAUGCAUCACCAGCCUCGAACAGGUUUUUCUUGAAGGAAACAGGCUCACUGGGAUUGGCAAGUUCUGUGGCCGGUGGUUUAGCUGUUUUAGCAUUGCUCUGCAACAACAAAUGUGAACCGCUGUGGAUGUUCAUGGCAGUGCUGUGGUUCAGAUACCGAUACUACGCUUGAGCCGAUAUUAGUCCUGACACGAGUUGAAGGGCAGAACGGGCAGGUAUAAUAUGUCACGACUGUCCAAGACUGCAAUUGGCCAGACUAUGCCGGUAAUGACUGUAAAGCACAUCCUCUGAUGUAAUAUUUGGAUGAUACCACGGUCACCAACAGAAUAAGAUAACACUUAUUUGAGUUUAUCCGGACACUUAGAGGAAGAGGAAGGAUGCUGGCAGCAGGGUCUACAGUGGAGCAUGAUUCUUUGUCAUGGUUAAUGCUGAUGGGUUCUGGGACUGUUUCAGAGAUAACACUUGCAUACUUUCUCAUUGUCGAUGUGAAUAUGUUAAAUACACAAAUACAACAUAUAGAGUAGAGUACUGAGCCUAUGUGGCUAAAUCCAACAAGAACAUGCAAAGUCAAAUGGUUAUUUUAGUACCACUUUAUUUAACAACAAAAACAACCCCCCACUAGUGUGUGAACGUACCUUGAAAUCAUGUGUGUAGUCAUCAAUCUUGGAAUCAGCUGUAGGUGACAGUGUUCUUCUCAUGCUGUUUGCGGUGAAGACAUUCUUUAAUGUUUUUCGUCUCCAGUAAUGCCUCUUCCGUCAAUUUGUAUGAACAUAGACUCACCUUUUAUUCAACGAACAAGUUAAGGGCUCCGUUUUCUGAGCCAUCGAAGAUGAUCAGAUGGAUCCAAUAAAAUAGAAGUCACAGUAAAAGACAGAAUAGAUAUCAUUGUGGAACACAUUUAAAGUAGGCAUACGUAUAUUAUGAGAAAACAAAGUAUUAAGGUGGCUUUAAAAACAAAUGUAACCAAGAACUCUUUAUAAAGACUUUAAGCAGAAUUCAAAAAGCUUCAAGCAGGCUUGAUUAUCAAACAAUGUUACUAGCAAUGGUUCAAAUCAUCACAAGACAGGCAGCCAAGCUAAUAGUAUUAAAAUGCAGAUACAUUAUUGGUUGAUUUAACUUUACCAAAAUUGGCAGUAAAUUACAUUUUAGGCAUUCCAGGCUCAGCUGUUUUGAGCGAUUUAUAUGAUUUUGUAGUUGGUGGAUGCUUAACAUUCAGGAUAGAAAUUAGUAAAGUUGCGUGUAGAGUGGCCCAAUGUGUCUGUGUGUGACGAGACAAUACGAUAUAGAGGCACAGGCCAUGUGUAACUGUUAGGCUGUGCAAAAGUUUACUCCCAGUCAGCAUGACACCAUUCUGCAAGGCAGUGACUGAAGACAUGCAUUUACACAUUCUGUGGCACUACACACUCUGCUUAAUCAGUAGGCCUACCUAUUAUUAU